AUGGAGAGGGGGAUCCAAAGACUAUUUAAGGAGCGCUGUCCGGAGCUGAUGAGCGAAAAUCAAUUUGAUGUCGUAGAACAGCGCAUCUACACACGCACAGGAGGCACGGAAAAGGAGUCCAGAAAAAAAAUUAUCAAAGCGUGGCACAAUGGCACGGAGGAAGACUUGCAAAAGGAAGAUAGCAAGGAAAGCGAGGGGAAAAGUCUCACUUACGCCCUUGUGCUGGAAAACGCAGGGAAGUCCUAUGAAGACACCCUAAAUGAAGUAAAGGAGGCAGUAGGUAGUAACCCUGCCAGUAACCUGAUUAGGAAUAUACGUAGUACCAGGGAGGGCAAGAUGGUCAUCACGCUGGACAAGGACAAAGGGGCCAUGGAAGAAUUACAGAAGGCGUUAAAACACAGGACUGAAAUGAGGGUUAGAGCGCCUGGACAGAAGCGCAAGGGGAUGGUAUUUAUUAGAGGCAUAGACGGCACAACAGAUAAGGCCGAGGUGGAGAAAGCAAUAAAGGAUAGGGUAGAAUCGAUGGGGGAAAAAAACUGGAACCUGAGCGAACUCAGACCAAGCUUUGGCUACAACCAAACGGCCACGGUAUCCGCGGACAGGGAGAAUGUAGAGUCAAAUACAACUGAAGAAUCCGAAAUGUCCGAUGCUCCGACUUCAAAUAAUGAAAUUCGCCAAGUAGAAAUAAAAGAAGAAGAACCUUUGAUUCCGUAUCCUAAAAAACCGAAAGUGAGCUGCAGUCAACGGCUGAUGAAGUGGAAGCUAUUAAAUCGAUUAACUCCCAAAAAUACACUCUACUAG